AUGACAGACAAGUACCAAGAAUUAUCCAGAGCACAACUUACUUGUGACUACCUUCAUGCAAACUCAACCACGCAUGACUUCAUCUUUGGAGCAUUGGCAGAAUUGGUGGAUAAUGCAAGAGAUGCUCAAGCAACACUUUUGAACAUUUAUACAGAAACCAAUGAUGAAAUAAGAGGAGGGUUUAUGCUGUGUUUUCUGGAUAAUGGUAUUGGUAUGAAUCCAGGUGAAGCAGAAGACAUUAUUCAUUUAGGAAAGUCUAUAAAGAGGGCUUCAAAUUCCCGACUUGUUGGGCGGUUUGGAAAUGGAUUGAAGUCUGGUUCAAUGAGGAUCGGAAUGGAUUUCAUUCUCUUUACCAAAAAAGACAAUACCAUGACAUGCAUCCUUAUGUCUCGAACAUUUUAUGAGAAAGAAGGUAUUGAUGAGGUGAUUGUGCCGAUGCCAUCCUGGUAUGUUGCAAGUAAGGAACCCAUGAUAACUGAAAAAGAAAAGUUCUCCCUUGAAAUUGCACUCGUUCAUAAAUAUUCUCCAUUUAAAAAGGAGUUUGAUGUGAUGCGGCAGUUUAAUAAAAUUACAGGAACAAGUGGAACUUUAGUCGUUAUCUACAACAUGAAACUGAAUGAUGAUGGAGUACCUGAACUAGAUAUUGAAACAGAUGCUUCUGAUAUACGACUGACUGGAAUGAUGGCCAGUGGAAUCCAACCAGAACAAUAUUCCUUUAGAGCCUAUGCUGCAAUAUUAUACAUUGACCCUCGCAUGAAGAUUUUUAUUCAGGGGCAAAAGGUUCAUGCUAAAUACCUCGUCCAUUCCUUGUAUAGACCUAGGAAGUACAUUUAUAUUGCCAAAGGUUUCAAAGUACGUCCUUUGAGAGAGGUAAAGGACACAGAAUGUGCUGUGAAAAUAGCAGAGGAAUAUGUACAUGAAGCAAGAUUUAAAGUGAAGGAGUUGGAAAAGUCCUGUGACGGCAACAUGGAAGCUCAGCUCGUCAAUGCUCACAGUAAAUUAUCAAAGUCAGAGAGAGACUUAGACAUAAAGAGGAAACUGCAUCAAGAAAAGCUAAGAGCACUGAAAGUCCCACAUAGAUUGACUUUUAUUUUUGGAGUGAACGUUGAGAAGAGAAACUUGGAUGGAAUGUUUAUUUACAACAACAGCCGUCUAAUCAAAAUGUAUAAGAGAACUGGAAUACAGCUGAAUCGCAUGUUAAGGGCUUGUAGCGGUGUUGUGGGUGUUGUUGAUGUACCCAGUGUAAUGAUGGAGCCCACUCAUAACAAGCAAGACUUUGCAAAUGCCAAGGAAUACUCCAGUUUGCUUCGCAUUAUGGGUCAAUUUCUGCUUCAGUAUUGGAAGGAUCUUGGCAUUGCCCAAAUGGGAGUUGUAAAAUUUUGGAAUGAGUUUGGAUAUCUGUCAACAGACUGGAAUCUGUCACCUUCGAAUGCACUUCAGUACAAGAGGAAACGUGCCAUUGAGAUUCCAGUUAUAGUGCAGUGUGACAUCUGUCUAAAGUGGAGAUGUUUACUAUCCAACUUGGAUGUAAAGGACAGAAUAUUUUCUGACUUCUGGGUCUGCUCCAAGAACCAAAAUCCACAGCAAAAUAGCUGCGAUCUACCAGAACAGUUACCCCAUAUUCCAUUUGGAACUCCGCUAAGGGGAUCAGUAAUGUCUGAUGAAAGGAAAGAAUUUCUAGAAAAAGCAGUCCAGCGGCAUUGGGAUAAAGUGGCUGCCUUACAAUUUCAGUACUGCACAAUAUCUAAUGCACAAGCUGUCACUGUCGCAGUAAUAAUCCCCACUGUCAACAUCCUGGUGGUUACCAUUGACCAGCAAAUGAACUGCGCUGACUGUAUGCAUACUAUGGUUACAUGA